GUUGACUUUUGGCUAUAUAAAUCAUCAGCGAAAGAAGUGAAUUUCAUUACAGCAAACAUAUUUGAAACGUUGUCUAUUACCUCUAGCAUUAAUGACUAGCCCAAAGACAACUGAAGCCGAUUUAAACAAGGCCAAUGCGCCAGAAGUAUGCAAAGCCUAUGACUUUGAAGAUAGAUUUGAGGAAUACUUAAGGCGUAUAUUCUACCUUAAAAGCGCAGAGGAGAUUAAAAGGACAAAUAGCUCCGUAGUGGAAUACUUCGGCGUAUUAAGCCUUACAGAUUUCCGGAGACCGGAGCGAAAGCUAUGGUAUCUCUUUUAUUGCCCUCAGUCGAGGAUUGUUGAGACCCUGGACCAAUUGCAAACUAAAUACGGGAAGAAGAACAUUUGCGAAAUAUUUCGAAAGCCCGUUUUUAGCGGGGUCGGAAUGCGUGCUGUCGUUAAGAAGCAUUUUAGUGAAAUGAAAUGGUAUACCAAUGGAAAUUUGAUUGAAGCGCCGCCAAAGAGUUAUUAUGAUGACAAGCGAAUGCUUAAAACACUGACUGACUUGUACAAUCUAGAGAGGAAAAAAUUGUACAAUUACAUUAGCAUGAAACAUAACCAUUUUAAGAGGUACAAUUAGGCGUUACAUUUUUGCUAACACUAUCAAAAUUUUGUAAAGUGAUGAUAAUAUUCUUAGACCUAUGUAUACAUACGCAGA